CGUGCGCUCUGGUGAAGCCUGUCUCUCUCUCAGCAGACAGAUGAGAUGGAAACGCUGGGAGCGCAGCAACAGGUUGGAGUUGUUGAAGUUUCUGCAGAUUGAUUGGACUGUUUCGUUUUCUGUGGCAAAGGGGAGAAGAUCUGAACAUCAACGAGUUUAGUUCAUGGACAAAAAGCACUGUGGAUGAAUUUUGUGCUUUAGAGUUAAACAUUUUAGACUUUUUGUUCAAGUAGAGCAUCCUCAAGCGUCAAGGUAACCAUCACCAUUUUUAACUUACUUUUAUCAGCUUGGAUGCUUGAAGGAACCUUUUCACACUUUCUUCACUGAAGCAUCACCACAGGGUUUACAGACUACUUGCAUCCACCUUCGGGAUGUUUUCCACGGCUCUCCUCUUUGCAGCGCUCGGCGUUUUUACGCAUCUGGGCACUUUUACGCACGGGUGCCAGCUCCCCUCCGAGUGGCGUCCCCUAAGCGAGGGCUGCAGAGCCGAGCUGGCGGAGAUCAUCGUGUACGCCCGGGUGCUGGCGAUCCACCGGGAGCCUCUGGGCGGCGGGGUGGGCAGCUUGUACAACUCUCUGCCCUUUGGGUUCGGGUACGGGUACGAGGGCGCGGAGGAAGGGCUGUUGUACUCUGCGGAAGUGGAGCUGCUGUGCGACCAGGCCUGGGGAAGCAUGCUGGAGGUGCCUACUGGAUCGAGACUUAACCUGACCGGACUGGGGUACCUGUCCUGCCAGUCCCACACCGUGAUGGAGAACUACUCCUACUUCUUCUUCCUCAGGAUGGACGAGAACUACAACAUCCUCCCCCACGGCGUCAACUUCCAAGACGCAAUCUUCCCCGACACGUCCGAGAACAGGCGCACGUUCUCCAGCCUCUUCCAGUUCUCCAACUGCACCCAAGGGAGUCAGCCUUUCCACACCUUCAGCCCUGAGUGGGACACCCAGGAGGACAGCAGGCUGCUGUGCUCCUCGGUGCAGGCCGCCCUGUUCGAAGAGGAGGAGCGAGCCCGCAAGCUGCAGGAGCGCCUGGCCGCGGCGGAGAGGAGGAACCGGCAGCUGAAGGAGCGUGUUCGCAAGGUGAAGCGCUCGCUGAGGAACGCCCGCAAGGCUGUGCGCAAGGCCGAGCAGGAGGCGCAGCAGCUGCAGGAGAAGCUGAAGGCUGCAGAGCGGAGGGCAGGGCAUCACCUCAACACCAUAACACAGGAGGAGCCUCCACCCAGCCGCUAUGCGAGCACGGCGAUGCGCCAGCGCAUGCAACUUUAACCAAUCCCACCUGCCCCAAACUGCCACCCAACUGGACUGAAAAAAUGGCUGUGGAGAGUGAGAGACUGCUGGGCGGUCUCUGUGUAAGGGCACUUGUCACAUAUGAGUUAACACACCUUUAGUCAUAAUCUGCAGUUUUCUUGUAAAUAAACAACCUUUU